UCCAUUCGGACUCACGGGAAAUGAUCCUGAGGCGUUGGUGUGCUACAACAAAAAGCGUUAUGACGUUUAUUUGCAUCAACUAAUUGUUGCUAUUCAAAGGAAAACCCCAAGCCUAAAUUAGCUUCAUCUCUGCUGCAUCCGUGCAGAAGUAGCCGUCACUGUCGAUCUCGGUGACCAGCUGCAUUUUGAGGUGCCAUCGAAGGAACCGACCAGUGGGCUCAGAUGUCCGAGGUCCCGAACAGCAUCCUGGACGAGUAGACGGUCACCUGGGGCUCGAUUCGACGUCCGUGGAUUAAAUCGUUUUAGAAAGUUACGAAUCGCUCUCCACGCAUGAGUCUCAUAUGCAUGGAUUUAGGCUGAUGCAAAUUAUUUAAAAGGCGCCAGGGAGCCAGUGGAUAGGCUGGUGUGCAGAUGAGGAUUACAAAGGGACACUUGUGCUCGUCAGACGCGGCGCUGUUCACCUGGAAUACCUGAAGCUCUCCAAUGACACGCAGCUACAUCAACUUACCUACACUGUUGCAUGUCUCCACGAUUGAUAUUUCGGCCCCUGUGGCCUAACCCGUAAAUAUAUGUUUUAUACGAGAUCGAUCGCGGUUGAUCUGAAGCUCUGAGUGCAAGGAACUCGCAGCCGCUGAACUACAUGGUACCGUCCCUCCAAGAGGAUGCUGCCUGAAGCGCAAUUAUGCCCGGGACUCGGAGGAUUUUCUUAAACGGGGAAUGAUCAGGAUGACAUUUAGUUAAAACACUCGUGGCCGAAUCCACUCGAUUCUCUCGCUGUCUUUUUUUUUUUUUUUUUUUUUGUACCGGACCUCUUUGCGCCAAGAAGCUGCACCAACAUCUGACCUCUGCCCAGCUAGACUCUCGGUUUUUAGGCUUGGUUCGGGGAGAUGGCCGCGAUCGCCAGCUCCCUGAUCCGCCAGAAACGCCAGGCGAGGGAGUCCAACAGCGACCGGGUCUCUACUUCUAAACGUCGCCCCAGCCCUAGCAAAGACCCCCGCUCUCUGUGCGAGAGGCAUUUCUUGGGGGUCUUCAGCAAAGUCCGUUUCUGCAGCGGCAAGAAAAGACCCGUUCGGCGGCGACCAGAUGCGCCCUCGAAACCUCCACAGGUGUCCCAUAAGGGCUGCAGGCUAGAGCCGCAGCUGAAAGGCAUCGUGACACGACUGUUCAGCCAGCAGGGCUUCUACCUGCAGAUUCAGCCGGAUGGAACCAUCGACGGCUGCAAGGACGAGAACAGCGACAAUACCCUGUUUAAUCUUAUUCCUGUGGGUCUGAGAGUGGUGGCCAUCCAAGGGGUGAAGAGUGGCUUCUACAUUGGCAUGAAUGGCGAGGGCUCGCUCUACAGCUCAGAGAUGUUCACACCAGAGUGUAAGUUCAAGGAGUCGGUGUUUGAGAACUACUAUGUGAUCUACUCAUCCACUGUGUACCGGCAGCAGGAGUCCGGCCGGGCCUGGUUCCUUGGCCUCACCAAGGACGGACAGGUCAUGAAGGGUAACCGGGUCAAGAAAACCAAGCCCUCUUCACACUUUGUGCCCAGGCCCAUCGAAGUUUGUAUGUACAGGGAGCCAUCACUGCAUGAGAUUGAGGAGAAGCAGCGCUCCAGGAAGAGCUCAGGGACUCCCACCAUGAAUGGAGGGAAAGCUGUCAAUCAGAACUCCACAUAGCAGCAGGGGGAGGGGCUUCCAGCAGGGGGGCGUGGCCCUGUCCUGACUUGAGGGGAGGGGCCUUAGGAAAACCCACCGCCCCCCAAAUACGCACCACCAUACCUUCUGUAAAAAGAGGGAGUUGCCGCGACAACCGAGGAGCUAAUACUGUACACCCAAGACAACAAAAGCAAAACUGAACUCUUGCCUGUGAAAAUCUUUUAGAUGAAUUAAUAUGAAACCAGAGGAUAUAAAAAAAGAAAAAAAAAAAAAAAAAAAAAAAAAAAAAAACAUUUUCAAUCAGGACUUCACAUACGUUUUAUGCAAAAAAAAAAAAAGAAAAAGCUGUGACAAACAAACAAAGGAAUGGUGGUCUCUCUUCACACAAAUACAAAUAUCUAUCGUUUCCAAUUUAUGCUGUGAAAAAUGAGCUUUAAGACAUGUUCAAUUUUCAUCCAUCAAUUUAAUUUUUUUCCCUGAACGCUAUGGCACUCUCACAUGCUUUAUUGUGUUAUUGUCGUCAAUAAUAACAAUAUUGUCAUCAUUACUACUCCAUUGAUUUCACCACCCCAGUUAGUACCAUGGUUUCCCAGCUUUUGUUUCUUAAACUGAAUAUUUGUUUUGUUUUGUUUUGUUUUUGGUUGAUCUUGAAUGCACUUUCACGCUACCUUCUCUGGUGUGAGGGUAAGACCGAAUGUAUCUGAGAGUUCUCUGUGUUGGGCUACAUGCGAAACAGAGAGUGUGGGGUGGGAUGUUAUUUGCUCAGGUGUUGUACUGCAAGUGUGACUGAUAUAUGGCCAUGGGACAGAGAGAGCUGUUCCAAAUGCUCUAAGAUGAACUCUCCUACUGUCCUGCUACUUUCUGCAAUGGCAGGGCAGGAUUGAUACAAGCAAUAUGAUAGAGAGUAGUCUAGUAAGUCUUCAAAUAAUAGUAAAAACAGCAGCUGAUAACAAAUUUCUGUUGUUGGUCAGUAGAAAAGGCCAACAAUGAAAGUCGUACAAGUGGGUAAAAGUGCACGUUGAGGAAACUUGUUCUGAAUGAGCCUCAUUAUAUCCUUAAAGCUUUGCAAGGAUUACUUGGUAUUAUUUUCUGUAAUAACUAAAGCAGUACCCAAUCUGUUCAAAAUGGCAAUGGAACAGUUCUCUACAAAAGCUGACAGGAAAAUAAUGACCAGCAUCAGCACUAUGAGCCAUGGCCAAAAAACGGUCACUUCACAUUUGCACCUCAAGAAAACACAGGCCCCUUAUCUGCUGUUAGCUAGGCUAUAACAAACAAAUAAAAAAAGAAACUGUCAAAGUAUAACUCUAUAUGUAUUCAUGCUUUUUAAAAUAUAAGAACAAAUCGUGGAAUAAUCCUUGAUAAACUACUUCUGUCGUUUUGUUUAAGCAAUAGAAAGGCCAUAGGGUUUGUUUGGGGAGGGAAAUAGUUUUGGUAGACUUGGCAGUGAAGUGAAAAAAAAAAAUGUGUCGACUAGUUUUCCAGAGCUUCCUUUCCUGUUACUUCCAUUUUGAAAACAUUAGAGACUUCAAAACACUGGUGGACAGGGUGCCUGACUGUUUAACAAUCCACUCACUAUUCUUUACAUUUGUUGUUAUUUUUCCAAUGAUGUCUGAUGUCACUAUCGAGAAGACUUUCCUACCACAAUGAAAGUAGAACUUCUCAUUGAGGAACCAGUUAAUCUGUACCAGGAUGAUUCAGGUUUGGGAAAGAUUUGUUACCAUCUCUGUGAGUAAUAUCUCACUGUAAUUCUCUAACAUGGUACCCCAUACAGUCUCCAUCUCUCCUGGUUUUGUGACCCAUGAAAUGAGCCAUUUGCUGCAUUGUGGAGGAAAGCUUCCCUAUUCCAUAAAUCAACACUUCUGACGGGGCUGUAUAAACAAGGUGAAUUGACUUGUACCGUGGGUCUGCAACGUAUGCUCCAAAUCCCAUCCCAGAUCCUCAAUCGGUUCGUCUAACUCAGGAAGUCCUACAAUUGUCCAGUGAACGUGGCCAGACAUACAUGCUGGCUGCUUGUUGUCCAGCACCCGAUGCACAAAGUCCUGGCCGAUGGUGUGGCAACUUUAGGGAGGUUGGGGUGGGGUUGAUGGAGUUUUAGGUGGGAGAAAUGCUGAGGAGCCAAGACCAGCCAGGUUAUACCGCAUCAAAAUUAAGCAACUUGCAGCAAACAUGGUUGGAAGAUGGGCCAUGACCACUGCAAGACGGUGAGAGUUGAUGUAGGAUUUGUUUUGAUUUCAAAGAGGACAGGUCCACAAUUUUAUAUGCAAUGUUUAGAUUGGUGUUUUAGUUUCCCUGACUUUGUGGGUCUGUCUUCUGUUUCUAUAUGGACAUCAUAUGGUAGGUAUGUAAAUAGCACAUGGUCAGUUACCUAGAGCAAAUCAGUCUCAAUAUCAACACGGAACUGGGGUGUCUUCUACUCCGUGACCCAGAUCCAUAGCUGGUACAAGUUACCUGCAAGAGCUAAUGGUAGUUAAGUUGAACUUCUACAGCUCCUAUAACAGUGAUAGAAAAACUGAAAGGCGAAAGUGAGACCAGCAUAUAAAUAUAUAAAUAUAUAUAUAUAAAUAUAACUUUUUAUAGAGCUUUAUAUUGGUGCAAAUGGGAUACAUGUGGACAGAAAGCAGCGCAUGAAAAUUGGAUGUUCUCUACUUCAACUCUUAAUACCAGAAUGAGAGGAUUUGAGGAAGGGAUGAAAAAGCAAGGAGGUAAAAAUAGCUAAUGUGAGACUUGACUAAAUGAGAGCACUUUUGGGGUGGGGACAUUGAUGUAUGAAAGGGUAAGCGAAGACCUUGGUUGCAAGUGAUAUAAAGUAUAAUUUAUGUAUUUUUAUGUUUGCAGAUGAUUUCACCGCAUCAGAACACACUCAUAUAUGCAUUAUGAAUUGUGAGAUGAAAUAAAAAUAUGCAUUGAUAAUAAAAAUCAGAAUGAAGUUAGUGAUUGUUUAAGAAUAAAGACUAUGUUAUCGAAAACUUUCA